AUGCGACAAGAGAGUGCAGGAACACAGGCCGAGAUACGGAACUUGAUGCAUGAAUUCUUGGACCUUGCGAAGAGACAACGAGCGCACGGAUCCUCUGUCCGUAGUGACGAUGGGCGCACUUUGAUAGAGGUCUCUAGUAGGCUGCAAUCCAAGAUCGACAAAUGGCGGGAGAGCGUUGUGCCGCCCUCCACGAAGUACGACGAUACACGAUCCAAUGUCUCUGGGCUCGACUCGCUUCGGUCCAGCGUCAUGUUGUCUUCGGCGCCGAGCUACAUGGGCAUCGAUAGCUUCAUGGUACCAGAGUAUCCUAGGUUGCCAGCGGACCCAACAAAAGAUGAGACUAGAAGACCCGUGUUUGCCAUGACGACUGCCCAACACAGGACACCUACGCAUAGUCGAUCGAGCCGCACCGUACCAGUGCAGCCAGCACGACAUGAUAACACGAGCGGACAAGACCAUACUCCACUGUCAAGUGCCUCGACGCAGGUCAGGGCAGAACGAAAUACAGACUUGGAGCGAGCCGCAGAAGAUCGUGACAGUGGUUACCAAAGUCAGAAGAUCAAAAAAUCGCCGGAAGAUGUGAGGCCACCUCAACAGCACACCAGCAAUCGCAAUCCACGCAGCUUCGCUGACCGAAGUGCCCGCUCUCUGAGCACAACAUCAGCUCUAUCGACCUCCGCCCCCUACGACCCCAACGCACGUCAACCGCGCUACCGCAAUGUCCGAGACGACCAAGGCCGCGUGAUCGCCGUCGACAUAGCCACAGCCCCUUCUAUCCACCAGGUCAAAAGCGCACCUCCAGAUCUGCUUGAGGCGACGAGGCACAUGGAAGGUGGUGCAGAUAGGACCUCCAUCAAUGGGUUUCUUGCUUGCUUGGAUAGUAAUGUUGCACAGACUGUGGCGUUGAGCCGGAGUGCCGUGUCGUUGGGGCGAGAUAGAUCAUCGUCCUCGCCUGAGUCACAAGCAGAGGCUUUGCGACCAGUACCUCCUCUGCCCGAGAUGCGCAGCCUUGGUCGCUCGUCUCCGGCCGUCUACAGAGAUCCUCGGGAUGACAUAUCAGCCGCGGUGUCCAGGCCAGCUGAGCCACGACAAAUCGACAUAUCAGAGCCAUUCGAUCGACAUCGUCGUACCGAUACGGCACAGCUCACCAAGCGCUCCAGACCUCGACCCGACGAAGUCGAUGCAACAUCCAUAAGCCCCAACAGACUCAUUAGGCCAGCACCUCUCGCAGAGCUGCCCGUCAAUCUACCAUCAAGCGCAACACGCACGCAUAGUCCUUCUAAGCGUGAGACCGAGAGAGAUAAAAGCCGUCGCGUGGCUCGACAUGCUCGAGAGCGAGAACGACAUCAAGGAUUUCGAGACGAGAAUUUGGAAUGUUCUGGUGGACCGUCGCCGGUGCCUUUGAGGACGUUCAGAGAUGCGGUGGGCUCGUCUACGGCGAAUGCUCUCAUGGCUUCUACGGAUGUUGUGACUGGGUGUGGGGCCUCGCGACGUCGGUUGUAG